UCAAACCCAGAACCUUCUUGCUGCAAGGCAACAGCUCUACCCACUGCACCACUGUGCAGCCCAAUAAUUAAUCUGCUUGAUCGAAUCGAUUUAUACUGAUUGACCAGGAAAAGCAGCUCUGACUGUCGGAACGAUGGCUCCACUUGAAAACUGCCUUGUUUUUCACAUAACGCAUGAACCAAUUUCUACCUGAAUGCUUCUAAACGCUGAGCUGCAGUCGGCCUAAUUUAACAUGCAGAGAGGAGUUACUGGAAAAGCACAUAAAGCAGGAAGUGAGAGAGAGAGAACAGGAAGUUACAUCACCACUGAUGAGGUUUGUGGCAGAGCGACCAGCAGCAAAGAGUCUGAAGUCAGGAUGGUUCCUGGAGGCGAAAAGGUUUUCUGGAGCUUCAUGUUCCUGCUGGCAGGAGCCGCGGCCCAAACGAUCCGGUACCGGUUCGGAUCGACCUGUGCGGUGAGAGGAUCGACCGUCAUCCUGCCCUGUUGCUUCACUCCUCUGAAAUCUUUCUCUCACGGAGGCAGAGAGGUUCCUCUGAGGAUCGUCAGAGUUCUCUGGUGUAAGAAUCAUCUGAUCUGUCAUCAAACGACUCCGUCUGUUUACGACAGCAACUCGACAGCCAGAGAGCCUCGGUUUCAUUACCUGGGCAACAUGGCGGCAAACUGCACUCUGCAGAUCAGAGACAUCAGGAUGGAGGACAGGGGAACCUUUAGAUUCAGGAUGGAAGCGGAUGAUUCUGCUGGACRUUUUACAAACCAGGCUGGAGUCCGAGUCUCAGUGGCUGACCGGAUCAAGAUGACGUUAAAGAGCUCCAGCAACAAGUCAGAGGUCAGCAGAGGUCAAACUGUCUCCCUGCAGUGCACCGCCUCCAACUGCACCUUCACUCACCUGGAGGUCACCUGGACGAAAGAUGGCCACGCCCUCCCAGGCAACGGCUCCGCCCUCCAGCUCGGCCCUCUGACCGCAAAGGAUUCUGGGAACUACAGCUGUGCUCUGAGGGGGAACAUGGAGACCCAAUCAGAGCCGUUCAGCCUGCAGGUGGAGGAAGAGGAGGAAGAGGAGAAGGAAGACUCUAACUUUCCUCUGGCUGCUGCUGUGACCUUUGGAGUCCUGCUGGUGGUCACCACCCUCAUCCUCCUCAUCUUCAUCAUUAAAAGGAAGCGAACAGCAGCAGGCAGUUCAAACACCAGGAGAGCAGGAGCAGAGAUGAAGCCUGAUCACAUCUACAGCAGCGUCCUGCAGCCUCUUCAGCAGGAAACAGGAAGUCAGGAACAGGAAGUAGAGGAUGAGGAGAUCAGCUACGCUUCGGUCCAGUUCAAGCAAAGCAAACUGGCCAGAAAAGCAGAAGAAGAACCGGAUCCGACCAUCUACUCUUCAGUAGCCACCAGAGGCUGAGGUCGCGACCUCCCAUUUUAAUGUGGCUGUGCUGAAUCAACCAGCAACACCUUCUGGUUUCACCUCAGCACCAGAGAAGCAGCUUUCUGGAAGAGCUGUGCUGCAGAUUAGCCUCACAUGGAUAUUAAUCCUCCGUCCUGCUGCAGCCGAAGCUCAAACUGUUUCUGUUUGAGAAACCGAGUCAGAACCGAAGGAAUCACGAUGUUCAAGCAGAGCAGAAAUAUUUAGCAGACAGCGUUAGAAACUGGAUGGUGUAUAAAUGAUGUCACCAAAUGAAAUUAUGGUGCUGGCAAAACAAAAACAGCCUUUAAAUGUGACCCAGUUCCUGUUGCUUAACUCUGUAAAUAUUUUCAAACACAAGAUAAAUUAUGCUGUAACAAGAGACUGUAUAGAAUAUGUAAAUAGUACAUAAUGACAUAAUAAUAUAAAAAACAAAGUUUUGCAGUAUAUCUGCCCUAACCAGUAUUUUUGUUGUUAAAAACUCAAAGCUACGGUGGCCUACGGGUUCAAACGAGUUGCAAAUAUAUAAAUGAUGAAAACUCAUUUAUGUAUUUGCACAAACACAAAAAAACAAAAUGCUAUGCAGCAUUUUUCUACAUGGAAACCACAGAAAAUAGAACAAAAACACAAAAGCAACAAGCAGGAUAAAACCUCCAGACCACUAGGGGGAGUCUGGAGUCGCUAUAUUAGCUACGUAAAUAUGCUGCUGUUCUGUAAUGUAAAGUACAACCUGUUUUCUUUCUUCCACCUACUUUCUUCCGGUUCUCCCGUCUUUACUGAGGCUAUGUUCUCACAUGUUUUGGUGUUUGACUCCCCCUAGUGGUUUGGAGGAUUUCCUUUUUGUUGAGCUUGUUUUGUAGAAUUGU